AUGUUACAACAACAAGAUAUGAAUCUACAAAAUGCACGAGACAGAUUAAAAGAUGUUUAUUAUUUAAUAAAUGAAUUGAGAAAUAAUUAUGAAGAUAUAGUAAAUAAUGCCAAGUCAUUAUGUUUGAGAUGGAGCUUACCUGUUACAUAUACUGAACCUCGUCAGAUAUAUGCAAAAAAACAUUUUGAUGAAGUCGAUGGAGAUAGGCGGUCAACUAUAACAACAGAAAACUUUAAAAUUAAAGUAUUUUAUCCUAUUAUAGAUACUGUUUUAAUGCAGCUUAAUAUUCGUUUUAAAGCAAUGGACAAUGUAUGUACUACAUUUGAUUUUCUUAAUCCAAAUAAUCUCUUAUGUUUAAGAGAAGAUAAUAUUGUAAAGGAGUCAUAUGAUUUUAUUCAAACGUAUAAAGAUGACAUUAGUUCUGAUUUUACUGGUCAGAUUUUAUCAUUAAAAGAAUUAAUAAAAAAUAAAAAUUUAAAAACUAUAAAUGAAAUGGCCAAUUGUAUACUUACCAAUGAUAUAGCAACAAGUUACUCAGAAAUCUUAGUAGCUUGUACAAUAUUUUUAACACUGCCAGUUACAGUAGCAACGGCUGAAAGGUCAUUCUCAAAAUUAAAAAUUAUAAAAAAUUAUUUAAGAAAUUCUUGUAGCCAAAAUCGACUUUCAAACAUUGCUAUACUCAAUAUAGAACAAAAGCGGACUUCAGAAUUAAAAACAGAAAAAUUAAUUAAAGAUUUCGCUAAUUUGAAAGCAAGAAAGAUGAAAUUUGUUUAA